UGGGGCCUCGAGGACGCUUCACAAGAGACAGGAGCCCUGAAUCCCCUUCUAAAACCUCCAUUUGAGCCGAGCUGGGGUAUGGCCGCCACAGAUGGACAAAUAGUGGUCGCCGCGGCGCGUUGGGCCGAAGAGGCGACCUAUCUUCGUGAGUUUGUCAGCAAGCACCGCCUCCCCGCGGUAAUAAAGAUAACAAAGGGCCAGUAUGCCGGUUUGGGAGUCCCUACCUUACCAGCCCCAAGUCUCCAAAGUACAGCCCUGCUAGUAUCAGCCGGCCGUAGGCGAAAAAUCGUCGCCCAGGCAGUUAAAAUCAAAGAAGGCCGUAGGGUAGUAGGCGUAGGGCCCCGUCUAGCCAUCCCCGAUUCCUACCACGGCUACUUCGAGAUCCUAAGCGAAGAAGGCCGAGCCGUACGCGGAAUAGAGUCAGUCGCCGAAUUGGCGCGACGCUGUCCCGAAGAGGGGGCUCUGGUCCGCGAAACUUUAAGGGCGAUCGUCUGUAAGCUAGACGAGGCCUCCAACGUAGUUCCCGAAGGCACCCGAAGUCUUCUAGCCGGUGAGACAAUCCUUACGGCCGGAGAAAUAAAUCUUCCGGGUCGUGGGCGGUUUUUGCGGUGCUUGGACAGCCACGGCGACAGCCUUUUGCUAAGCAUGGACCAGCGGGGCCGCUUCAGCGCCUUGGCUCGUGAAGACAACAUCAGCGGAGUCCAUACGGCCCGAGCUUUGUUGAGCAAGCGGCUGCCCUUGACAGUGAGAUUGGUCUACGGCCAGCCGCCGCGGGGCCUUAAGUCUGCGUCGCAGUUCCUCCCGGAGCUCCGCCUACUUUCGACCUUUGAGGAGGAGCAUAUAUUCGCCCUGCCCCUUCAAAGGGAAGGCGCCGCAGUGUCUCUUCCCCUUGCGGCUCCUCUAAAGUUAGUUAAAGCCCGAAAUGAAGAAGCCUUAAGGUCUAUGGCUGAAUUUGCGCGGCUAGUGGACCGUUCUGGACGCUUAGUAGCCGAUGUGGCGGAUCGCGCUUGCGUCUUAGACGCACGGCUGACCGAAAACAAGCAGACCAGACAGACCAGGAGCGCAGCUGCCUUUUUAAGGCGGUCUGUUAGUUCUGAUAGUGCAAAUAACCACAGACACCUUCACUAUCAUCAAAAUGGCAAUCUGAACCUGAGCCUGAACCUCAACCUCGGCCCGGGUAGCAGUUAUAGGGACGAAAAUAGAGUCUACACUGAGGAUUAUGACGAGAUAGACCAGAUUUAUGAUUAUGUAAGAGGAUUCGCGCCGCUGCCCAAGAGCGUGAGGUCGCCGUACGAAACUCCGGGGAAGGAAUUGUCAGCGAGCCCCCCACUCUCUCCCGUGGUCCUAGACGAACGGCCUGAACCCCCUCCAAUUGAAACUAUCCCCACCAAGAAGAUCCAGGCGGAAAAGCGCACGCGCAAGGGCAAGGACACGCCCAGUCAAGUGGUGGGGCAGCGUCAGCCACUGCCCAAGUUGGAAAAACCCCCUCUGGCGAAGUUGUACGUCAAAAAUGGCGGAACUCAGCGAGGACGCGCGCUCAUGAGGCAAAAAAGCGCAAGUCCGCUUAAAGAAACACCCCCGGGGUUCAAAGGUGGCUCGCCGCUUUUUAAUAUCAGGUACAAGAGCUUGACCAAUCUGCAGCAGGCGAUGGAGCUUGAUGGAACUUUAGACUCCAGCCACUCUGGCGGAAGAACUUCCGGGGACUCUGGAGCCGGUGCGAAGCUGCCUGAGAAAAGGUCGCGGCGCCUGAGUCGGCCCCGGUCGCUGACGAACCUUGUAUGGGAACUUAGGGGCAGCACCGUCGCCAGACCUGAGACUCCGCCGCCAGUUCAGCCCUCUAUACCUGCGGCUAAGUGCGGGGCGAGACUUGCUGUUACUGUUGUGGCGCCACGACGCGUUGGCACGCUCUACCUCUAA